UUGCUUCUCUAUUUCAUCGAAUCUGUCAUGUGGCACGUAUUGUUGGCUUUUUUCUUAGCCAAAAGUUUGAAUAGUUGUUUCUACCUCCGUUUGUUUCUUUGCAGAUGCAGGCAGGGAAGAAACGUCACAUGCUUUUCUGAACCCAAAUUAAAAAUACAUCCCCGUACUAAUAUUUAUAUAAUUUGUCAGAAAUAUGUUUUACGUUACUGCUUUAUAAACUUUUCAUCAAAUCAGUAUCAGGCCUCCAUUAUGUGGAUUCAAUGGCGCUGCCUAUUCCUGUAAAACGGUCGCGCUGUUGGCUAUCCAACAACACCUUCGCCUCCAUCUCUACUCAUUCAUCCAACUUCGUCCACCUCAAGCUAACAGAUGAUCAGCUGACCGGGUGCGCACAGGCGUAGCACUCCUCUUUACUGCUCACCCUCUAUAAGAAAACCGUGUACAGUCGAACAGCUCCGCUAUCAAGCAUUUCGUGGGCGCCAUGCGUGGCUUUGUUUUUGGUGUCGGAGUGAAGUUUAGUCUCAGAGCUGCCUGUCAUUUUCAAUACGUACGUACAGAAUAGCAGUGACGACGCGGACCAGGCAUCUAAGAAACAGCGCGAUUUUAACGUCAGUCUGCUUCUCCUCUAUCAUGGCUAUUGAAUGGUGCCGUUUCUUCAGUCUAAAAAAGUCACCCGUCACCAAUUUCGGGCGCGAACUUAUUUCACAUCGGCCGUAGCUCCGCUCUGCUCUGACUGCGCGUACCAGUUUGGCUUAGUAAAUGGCGACCGUAACGAUACCGCUGGUGUAGCAACGGAGUUCAACUGGAUUCUUUUUUUUGGCCGGGUCAGUUUGAUUAAUCUGAUCAACAACAUAGGACAGCCUCAAGAACAAUGGAAAUACUACCAUAGAACCAGCUACAACGUGCUGAUUGCAGAUUUCGACUUUUUUACCACGUGGGGAGGAUCUAAUGUUUGGACGCAGCAGUAUUAGCAGCAUCGGUGGGGCAAGUGCCGGCGCUCUGACCGCAUCCCCAGCCGGUCGUGGUAACUCAGGCAGCACAAUAGCCGAACUUUGGGGCCGCCUCGAGCGCUUUCACAAAAUGGGUCUAUUCGUCGAGUACAAAGUGGCUGGCGUAACGCUUGCUGCCCUCCUUCUAAUAUUGAUGUUGGGAUCCUAUUAUACGAUGUCUUCGAUAGGCGUGGGUGGUGUUUCAACAACGGAAUCACUUUCAAACGCCAUCUCAUUGGCAGAUGGAAACUCCUCUAAAUCCGGCGGACUUUCGACAGCGAUAACUCCUGCUAUACCGCCUCGAACUACUGCUGACGAAGAAGUUCUCUCGUCUCUGACAAUCUUCUUCGUUCUCACGGUGAUCGCUGUCUGCAUUCUGUCCAUUCACUUUCUGAUUCAAUGGGAUUUCCGCUUUUUACCGGAGUCAGUGGCAGUCGUUCUGAUCGGCGCUUCGAUUGGGCUUUUUCUUCGAGUCGUGUCCGGAUGUUCUGGGGCAGACGGUUGGCAACAGGAGGAAGCAUUUUCGCCAACGACAUUCUUUCUCGUACUCCUCCCACCUAUUAUCUACGAAUCAGGAUACAAUUUGCAUAAGGGGAACUUCUUCCACAACAUUGGAAGUAUUUUGAUCUUCGCUAUUUUAGGCACGGCUGUAUCUGCUAUGGUUAUUGGAGCCGGAGUCUACAUUUUAGGUGUGGCCGAUCUAGUGUAUUCGCUAAGCUUUGCGGAAAGCUUAGCGUUCGGCUCGUUGAUCUCCGCUGUAGACCCGGUCGCAACUCUAGCGAUUUUUGCCGCUCUUGAUGUUGACCCUGUGCUAAACAUGCUCGUUUUUGGAGAGUCUAUACUCAACGACGCUGUCUCUAUUGUCCUUGCUACGACUGUUCUAGAGGCUGGCUCGCCGCACAUGAUGGAGAUGACAGCAGGGGAAGUUGCGCUAUACGUUGUGCGCCGCUUUCUCGUUGUAUUUUUUGGGUCAGCCGUUAUUGGAGCAUUGUUCGCACUCGCUGCGGCUCUGUUGUUGAAGUACGUCGAUUUACGGCGACAUCCAUCUAUAGAGUUCGGUAUCAUGCUCGUCUUCAUCUAUGCACCGUAUGGAUUGGCUGAAGGAAUUCAUCUAUCUGGUAUAAUGGCUAUCCUAUUUAACGGCGUUGUGAUGUCACACUAUACGCAUUUCAACCUGUCAUCCGUAACUCAGAUCACAAUGCAGCAGACAUUGCGGACAUUGUCACUGAUGGCAGAAACAUCUGUUUUUGCCUAUCUUGGGCUCGCUAUUUUUAGUCAUCGAUUAAGCAUACAACCAGGCCUAGUUAUAGCUGGCCUGGCACUUUGCCUCGCGGGUCGUGCUGCAAAUAUUUACCCCUUAUCCGGACUUCUUAAUCACUUUCGAGAGCAUCGUAUUACUAACAAGAUGCAGUUUAUCAUGUGGUUUUCAGGUCUUCGUGGGGCGGUAGCGUACGCACUGGCUAUGCAUCUUAACUUUGGCUCAGAGACUCGCCACGUUAUUGUUACAACGACGUUAUUAAUCGUUUUACUGACGAUUGUUGUGAUUGGAGGUUCCACAAUGCCAAUGAUGCGCUAUUUGGAAAGGACCGAACGGCUCGGAGCUAGGACACGAGCAAGGAAGAUCACUCUGUCGAAAACGAAGGAAAUGGGUCAAGCAAUCGACGCGGAGCAUCUAUCCGAGAUGACUGAAGAGGAGCUUGAGGUCGGUUUCCGAUCAGGUAGUGGAGUUACUCGACUACGAGGCUUUGCAAGACUCGAUGUUAAAUAUCUUACGCCGUUCUUCACGCGAAGGUUCACCCCUCAGGACGUGUAUGAUGGUGCGAAGCAGAUGUCUGCUUUAACAGACCAAUGGUACAGGACAGUUAGGCCUUCUGACACCGAGUCAACGACUGACGAACGGUCCACAACAGAAAGUGUAUGACGUGCCGAACCGUACACAGAAAAAUCGCUGUAAAAUCUCAUCGGCUCAUAUAAGCACGGUUAGGGUGAUAAGCCGUUUCUUUUAUUCUGAGAAAUUAAUUUAAAUGCAGUAUAAAUUUACUUAUAAUAUACCUAUGUACAUUUAUGUGAAACAGACCCGAACUAUAUCAUAAACUGACCUUAGCGCCACGAGGAGAUUUAGAUAGCGAUGACAUAACUGACGGUCUUGAUUUGUGUGAGUUCCAGGGAUGGCAUAAGCCUAUUUAUAUUUGGUGAAAUGUUUUGUUGAUGGAGUUUGUGGAGCAUUAGACACAUAUAUAUACUAUGACCUAUUCACAGGUGCUACGAAUCAACAGCUUUUUUCACUAUUAUCGUGCCCCUUUAGACUGAGGUGUUCUUUAGACUGGGAGCCACAUACGUUAAAAAUUCUGGUUUAUGCCAUGCUUUAUUAAUGACGUUUGAAGUAGUCUAGCUACAGAAACGUUUGACGUACAGUUGAAAAGUCGUAAGUUAAAACAGAGAUCAAACGUAGAAUUCCAGCGUGAAUUUUUUCUUUGUUAUGUUAAAAACACUUUGGGAGUAUACGCUGCUCUUCUUCUCAUAGUAUGUGACGAUUCUCAUGAGGAGAAGUGUCAACUAGCGAUCACGAAAGCCAUUAUUAAUAAUUUUUUCGGCAUCCUGUCUUCCCCUGCUUUUCAUUUAUAUAAACUCGAAUAGGCUUUCGUCACGCGAUCCGUUUUUGGCAGAAAGAUCGAAAUGAAGCUGAAACACGAUUAAGUGACAGACGACCUGGUGCUCAAAGGACCUCUUAUGCAGUAAACUGCUUGGCCCUGUGGUAAGGCGCUUUGUUGCCGCUCGAAAGAGCCCAAAUGACGCGUAAUUUUCUAAGGCGACGUACAAUAUUUCCGUUAUUAGCCAGUGCACCAAUGUUAUUCUGUUAUGAAAUACAUUUGCAAAGUACAUUAGUGUGAUGAUGUUGUUGCCCUCGGAAGUUUACACCGACAAAACAACAAGUUGAGGGAUAAUUAGUUUCAUGAGAAAAAUAAAGAAGGUCAAUGAUUUGUCAUCGUUUCUAAGAGAACUUAUUUGAAGACAGUUAUCCCACACUAUCCAUCACACAGCGUAUACUAAGUAAACCCUAACUUACACCUCGCAAUAAAUGUACACAUGAAUUCUGUACAACACCCAGCAUAACCAUUGGCCUUGAGACAUUGUACUUUCAGUAAUUAUGAAUAGAGAUUCUGAAGACUCGUCUACUUUUAUAGGCUAAACGACACUAAGACCAAGUAUGUACUGCUAGCAAGUUGUAUAAUGCUGAAAUGGCGAUAUAUAUUAAAAUGAAAGUGCUACCAGUUUUCGAUGUUAAAGGAAACAUUUGAAAUCGAGAUCUACAUAUUGAUUGCACAUUUCUAUCCAAGUAGGCAAUGUGUAAAAAACGGUUGCGUCUGUGUGUAGCAUAGUCAUUUUAUGCAACUGAAAAAAUGUUUAUUAAAAGAAGGAAGAUCUAUCUUAGGUCUGCUCUGGCAUUAUUUACCAGUUCAAGAGGAGCUUAUGUAAAAUCGAUGUAUGUACAAAAACGGCUAGUCUUAUUGGAACCAUGAAAAUCUGUCAUUUCUCAAGGUGUCACAUAUGUAAGUGCGCCUUCGCUGCUGAAUAAUACACCACAUGCGUUAUUUCCAACUCUAUAUUGCCAAAGGGAUCAGAUUGUUGUCCUCAGCCGGGGCACAAUUCUCUUUGAAAGACAUUUCUUUGAUGUUUUUUUGGAAUCAGUUGUUGCUAAGUAUGAUUAAGCCAUUCUGACUAAAUGAGCGAUCAAAAAGUAUAAAACAAUUACUUUGUAUGCCAAACGCGAAACACCUGUGAGCAAACUUACUCGUGUGUAUAUUGCUGGUAUAUAUGAACGUGUGUAGAUACGGUGUCGACGACCACCAGAACAUACUGAAGUAAAUGUUAUUGAAGGCCACUGCAUAUAGGCCUAAUACAUAGUUUAUCGGUUUUGUGAGAUAUUAACGCCAGUUGCUUCUGGGCUGACAGGAAUUUCACCUACACCCUAUAGUGAAGCAUCAAAAUGAAAAAUUAUGAGGUGUAUAUUCAAUACCCAUAUAACCUGAAUAGACCCCUGAGAUUAUAACGAAAACUUAAUGUUUACUGCUGUCGGAGGCUCAGUGCAUUAAUUUAACCUGGAUCAUAAAUAACUUCUAUUACCAUCUUAAAGAACAUUUUGUAUUGUGAAACAUUAUACAUAAAGGCAUAUUAAAUAUUGUGUAUAUUUGCGCUGUUUAUAGUUCGUAGCUAUCACGAAGCACUAAAAAGGAUUUAUUUACACCUGACAAUAUCCAAAGCGAAGUUUCGUGUGUGGCUUUCAAUAAAAAGUCAGUAGUUCCUAACGAGUUUACCGCAUGAACACUUGAAACGAACGACUUAAGUGAAAUCGUACAUAAAUUUUUUAAAUAAAAUGCGAACGCAAAACAAAUUGUAGUUGAUUUACUUCCACAUAAUACGGUAGCGCACUGAAAAAUUGGCAUUGUAUUUAUGUUAUCAUUAAUUAGAACUGUGUAACAGAAACACAACUGAAUUCACCGUGUACUAAAUAUUGCAAUGAAAAUAAACGUUUCCAUAAACAACGCAAGUAUGUUAACGAAGCUACUGGUUUUUG